AUGAAACAUGACCAAGACGAUCUUGGUGCUGGGCAUGAUCUGGCACAUGACCAAGCACGUUUGCUGAUUCCGCCCGCUGCUGGCCCUGCUCAAGUCGGUCGCCCGGGUCCCGACACGCGCCACACCAUCGUCAACGACGUCAUGAAGUCCAAACCGCCCGCGAGUGAGAAGUUUUUCGACCCGCGGCUGUUGAGGAUCCCCGACUCGAACGGCGGCCAGGUCAUCUUCUACUCGUACAGCGCUGCGGCCAUCCUCUUGCAAAUGAGCUCCGAGCUGCCGAAGGCCAGGGCCGCAUGGACGCAAAUUUCAAGCCGCUGCCGUAUCUCACGACCAUCAUCAUAG